UAGAACGAAUAAAGUUCAAAUUCAAAAUUUCAAACAAUCUUUUUUUUCCACAUUAAAAUUUCUUAAUUUUUAUGUAAAAAGUUAAAAUGUCCUCUAACAAAUCAUUUUCACAAUAUAGGGAUAUUGAAACAAGUGAUGAAUCAGAUGAAUAUGUGGAUGCAUCUUAUAAUGGAAACAGUACAGAAAGCGAAACCGAAGUGGAUGGCAAUUUAUCUUUAGAAAUCCCACAGACCGAUUCUGAAGAUCUAACGUCAAAUGAUGAAGACACCUUAUCUAAGAAGAAGAGUGGUGUCAGCGGCACAGAUUCUAACGAUGAUGAGAUUGAAGAAAGAAAAUCUUCACCCCUCACAAAGACAACUGAAGAAUUAAUCUCUAGCGAUGAAGAAAUUUUACCAACCAAAAGAAAAAAUGUCAGGAGGGUCGAAUCUAGCGACGAAGAGAUUGAAGAAAGGAGAGCUAUAUACUCACCCCGAACAAGAAGAAGUAUUCACGGAUUUAGAAUCAGUAAAUCAUCGUCAGAAGAAGAAGAAGAUGAAAAAUUGUCUCCAAACUCAUCAGAAAUAGAAAAUAAUUUUCCAUCAAGAAAUUCAUCAGCAGAAGUAGAAGAGAAAUUAUCUUCGUCAAACUGUUCAUCUGAAGCACACGAUCAAUCUGCUGAUAAACAAUAUUCAAAUAAAUUGAACACACCAAGUUUUGCAAAUUCAACUAGAAAUGAAAAUACCAAAACACAAGACACGGGUGUCAGUGAAAUUAGUAAAUUUUCUAAAAUUUAUGAUUCCAAAAGCGUUGUUAGUACACCAGCUGAUCAAACAAAAGAAGAUAUAUCACUUCAUUUCGAUUCUUCAAUUACAAAUAAACUGUCUUCAACAAUGUCUGAUCCUCAAAAGAACGAAAGAGUGCCAAUUUCUCCAAGCAACAAUAAAACCGAAAAGUCCAUAGAAAUAAUGGAAAACAAAAAUGAUGUAAUAAUAUUAGACAGCUCAGAGGAAUCAGUUUCUUUGGUUACUUCUACACCAGAUGUUUUGUCAGAAGACAAGAAAAAGAUUGUACAGCCUAAAAUAACGGCUGCACUAAAUAACACGCCCACCACUACUCGUUCAAAAACGAGGUUCUCACAUCCGCAGUUUGUUUCCAAAGAGUUUUUAAGUCGCGAAAUCAGAAAACUAGAUGAAUUAAGAACAGAACUGAAGACGUGUGAAAAAUUAUUGAAAGUGAAUGUAAAUUUACCCGAUGGUGGCGCAAAAAUGAGAGAUCGGAUAGAAAAAUGUAAAAUACAAAUUAAAAAACAUGCCAAUUAUGUAUCUAAUUUAGUUGUUGACCAAGAGGAAAUCAAUGCCAACAGAAGUGCCGGAAUUGAUAGAAGUCAAAACGACCCCAGCCGCGACAGCUCCAACAGCAGCCAAAAUUCGUUUCGAGCACCCACUUGGGAUGAAUUGGCAGCUGCAGUUGAUUCAAUUAAACCGAAAUAUACAGGUACCCAAGGUUUGGCAACUUUCGCAGCCCAGAAAACAAUAACAAUUGACCGAUUAAAGGAUAUUCAUGGUUCCUUAGAAACAUGUCCAGAUGAAAAUAUUUUAGCUAACAAUCCUAAAAAAUUAAAAAUUGAAUUGAUGAAUCAUCAAAAACACGCGCUAGCGUGGAUGCAAUGGAGAGAAAAACAAAAACCGCGAGGUGGCAUACUUGCUGAUGAUAUGGGAUUAGGAAAAACUCUUACAAUGAUAUCGCUAAUACUUGCACAGCAAGAGAACCAAAAUGAAUCAGUUGAAAAAGAAAAUGAAUCUAGCGAUGAAAAUGUUGAAUCUGAAAAAUGGCUAAGUAAAGGACGAAAGGACUAUUUCUAUGGCGGAACAUUAAUAGUUUGCCCAGCUAGCUUAUUACAGCAGUGGGAGAAUGAAAUAUACAAUCGCUGUAAAAAAAAUGCUUUAUCCGUUGCCGUCCACCAUGGCAGUAACCGGGAUACUAAAGCUCGAAUAUUGGCAAAAAAUGAUGUGGUUAUAACAACAUAUCAUAUAAUUUCAAGAGAAUAUAAAACGGAAGGUACCAUAUUUCGUAUUAAAUGGGAAAGGGUAAUCAUAGAUGAAGCACAUAUCAUACGAAAUUAUAAAGCACAAAUGUCGCUUUCAUGUUGUGGAUUAAAAGCAAAACGUCGUUGGGCUCUUACUGGAACUCCGGUUCAAAAUAAAGAAAUGGACUUAUAUGCUAUUAUGAAAUUUUUAAAAUGCUCUCCUUUUGAUGAUUUAGGGCAUUGGAAAAAGUGGAUUGACAACAAGAGCGCAGGCGGUCAAGCCCGAUUAAAUACAUUGAUGAAGUCUCUAUUGCUACGAAGAACAAAACUUCAAUUACAGCAAAAUGAUAACAAUUUUAACCUUCCGGAAAAAACCACAAAGCUCAUUGAAGUUAUUUUAGACAAAGAUGAAAUGAAUGUUUACCAGAGAGUGAUGAUUUAUUCCCAAACCUUAUUUUCUCAAUUUCUUCAUCAAAAAACAGAGAGAGAAAACGAUUUGAAUUAUGGAAAUACAAAUAAUGCUCCAACUUUCAUGCAAACCAAAGAUCCAAACGGAGCAUUUUAUAAAAUGCACAAACAAAUGGCAAAAUUAGGUGGAAACAACAAAGAAAUUAAAACAUUUGAAAUUUUAGUUCUCUUACUCAGACUACGACAAAUAUGUUGCCAUCCAUGUUUAAUCGAAUCUAUGUUAGAAGAAGAAGAUAUGGAUCAAACGGAAAACUUUAAAGAAUAUGUUAAUGUUGAUUUAUUAAAGCAUUUAGAAUCUUUGCAAAUAAAUGAUAAAACAGAUAAUUCUGAAUCCACCGAAAAUUUCAAUGUUUCACACGAGGAUUCCAUUGUAAAAGCUGCAGCAAGGGUUCUAAAAAAAAGCAAUCCAGUUUUUGAUAAGUACCGCUCAAGUUCAAAAUUAAAUAGAGUCUUGGAGCUUUUAGAGGAAAUUCUAAAUAAUAAUAGCGAUAAAGCAAUUGUAGUUUCACAGUGGACAAGUUUGCUGGAUCUUUUACGAAUUCAUUUAAGAAAAAGGGGUUAUCACACUGUUUCAUUAAAUGGCACUGUUCCAGUUAAAAAUCGAAAUGACAUAGUUAACAGUUUCAACGAUCAAACAAAUAAAAUAAGAAUUAUGUUGUUAUCGUUGACAGCAGGAGGAGUUGGCUUAAAUUUAGUAGGGGCAAAUCAUCUCCUACUAAUUGAUUUACAUUGGAAUCCUCAGUUAGAAAGUCAAGCCCAAGACCGAAUAUAUAGAGUAGGGCAAAAGAAGCCUGUAUAUAUAUAUAAAUUCAUGGUAAAAGAUACAAUUGAGGAAAGAAUAAAAAGAUUACAGGACAAAAAGUUAGAAAUUGCCAAUGGAGUAUUAACAGGAGUAGGAUCACAAGGCAGUAAAUUGACUAUGGAUGAUCUCAAAGGGCUUUUUGGGCUAUAACUUGUUAUUUUAUAUCUAGGGCGAUUUUUGAUUUGUUUUAAAUUUAGUAAUGCAGGAAAAUUUUAUAAAGAAUCGUAAGCAUAAUUGUAUCUGUGAUUAAGCACAUAGAAAAAUAGCAUAACAUUUACUAAAUAAUUCUUUUUGAACACAAAUCUGUAACUAUAUAUGUACAUAUAUUUUUUGAUGUUGUAAUGAAUUGGUACGUAAUUCUUAUUUAUAAACCUUUCGAAUAGUUAACAAGAACUUCUACAUGUAGGUUAUCAAUCUAAAAUUGUAGUUAUAUACUAUAUAGCUCAAUAAAUUUGUAUAUACACACAAAUGAAAGUUCUUAAGUAACUAUAAACUAUGCUCAAUAUUCGGCUAAUUGUCAAAUUUCUUGAUAACAAAUAAGAUAAGAAAAUAAAAUUACAUCAAA